ACCCGGCUAUGCUUGACGUUGCCUUCCAGACUCUUUUCGUUGCUCUGGCUUACCCGGCUAGUGGCCAGGUUACCUUGGCGCUGCUGCCGUCGCACAUUGACCGAGUGCGGGUCAGCCCAUUACUACCCAAGCGUUCUGAGGACGGUGAGGUCCGCGCCGAUUUUGAGAGCUGGGAAAUGAAGCAGAACGUGACCUCGCUGAUCGGUGACCUCAAUGUAUACGACACUGUUUCGGGUCAGACAUUGGCUCAGGUCGAGGGUUUAGCCCUUAACUGUGGGCGAGCAGGACUCCUCGCGCGACAGGCCUAUGUUCGCUAAGACACUGUGGACGCCUGAUAUUACCUUGGGACUACCGGAGUUUGUUCACAAUGAUUCCUAUGAUACUGAGCUGCUCUCCUAGAGCGAAAACUUUGAGCGUGUAGCUUUGUACUAUGCACGACGCUUGGCGGAAGUGACAGCCGACGAGGACAGGAGCAAGUUCCAAUAGUACCACCAACGCAUGCUCACGGCCAAUGACGAGCAAAUAUUUUUGGCUAAGAGUGGACAGCAUCCUGUUCUGCGGCGUGAAUGGCUAACGGACGGUCCGGAUGUCAUGUACAAAGUGGAUGCGGCACAUCCUGGUGCUGUGCGGCUCCAACUGCUUCAUGCCCUCGGCAAUAAUUACCCAAGCAUUGAGAGGGGUGAGAUGGAGCAGCUGAAGGUUAUGAUGAAGGACAACAUAAUGAAUCGUUUCUUUAUAGAUGACUUAGCAUGCGCUCGUGUGAACCAGUCGCUGGCCGAUGUGCGCCAGAUCAGCUUCAAGUACCCGCGGGCUAAUAUUCUCGAGAUUGGUGGUGGCGCUGGUGGCACUGCAUGGAGUGUGCUCAACAAUAUCAAUGAUGCCUAUGCAUCAUACACUUUUACUGAUAUCUCGU